UAAAUACUUUGAUACUAAGAAAAUGGGCGAUUCAUCUAAAGAUGUAACGUGCAUAGACUCCGAUUCAGUCGAAGCUUUUGUACAAGCAGCUAAUGAUAAACCUUUAUUGACACUCUUCAAGAGGUUAAUUAGUAAUGACACUAAAGAGAAUACAGUUCUAACAAAUGCCCAAAUUGUAGAUAUACUAAAAAAGGAAUUUGAUAUGGACAUAUCUUACAUCCACAACCUUGAAAUAGAAAUAUAUCUGAAUUUAAUGAAAAAGUUUCUAAAAGAUUGGCCUCUGUGGGAUGAGUUUGACGAGACAAUACAAAUUUUAAAGCGCAUGAAUGACACAGAAGCUAUAAAAAAGAAAUUGGAGGAAAACCACAAAAACCUGAAAUCAUAUCUCAACAAAAUGCUAGAGUGCGCCAAACCUUACAUGAAGGAUGUCAUCAAAGAAGCAAAAGAAGCUGCUCCCAAAGUGAAAGCCCCAGAAAAAACUGAAAGUGAUGUUGUUCUUGAAAUACAUUGCACUCGGCAACAGUUGAAUCAAUUGUUCUUCCGGAGGCCACAUCCAUCGCUCAACAAUACAAUUUUUAAUUUAAAUACUACUCCAAAUAAGAUUAGUUUGCAAUCCAUAUCUCUACUUGCUAUGCUAAACUGGCCUGGUAUCCAAUUAAAUGUCAACUCACAAUCUCUCUCCUUUCGUCGUGAAAUAGUUCACAAUCUUACACACAAAUUAGUGAAUAAGAAACUGAACAUUCCCAGGGAUGAACCUACUGCAUUGGACACUAGUUUACAGAUGAAAGAUCUGAAACAAAUAUCACAAUACACAUUGAAGGAUAUCCAUAACAUAUUCUCUGCUCAAAUUUUCCAAUUGUGCUUUGAAGAGCAUACAGUGGCUGGCACAAUCUCUGAAAUGAUAAAUAGAGAUUUUCUUAGUACUCCAGAUGUCACUGUGCCGACUUCCUUCCGUAGAACAUUAAAUAAGUAUCCAUACGUAAGGUACUUGUUUUCAGAAGUUGAGACGGAUAAAGCAAGCAAAGGUAAUUUGUAUGACUUGCAGCUGGAAGAGGCUAUGGUGCCGACAUUCACUUGUACAGUAUCUAGAAUAGAUAAAGUUGUGCAGCAGAUGCAGGGUAAUUGUUUGUCCAUUGAGUGCACAGUUUGCAAAGUUAUAAUACAAAAUGAUUUCUUUGUAACUUUGAGGGAACAUUUUGCAUCAUAUCAUCAAUGUAAAGCAAAUUGGACAUGUACUAAAUGCAAUCAUGUUUUUCGUAUGGUAACUUUAGCUGAAAACAAUUGGAGUCAUGAUUGCACAGAAUUCUGUUAGUUCAUAAUAAGGGAUAUAUGGUCAGUUGCAUUAACGUCCAUUAA